UAAGAUCUAUCGAUAUGUAAAAGCCCAACAAAAAACUAAAAAAAGAAAAGCCCACAAGCCUAUAUAACACAAAUCCAUAAGAAUAACAAAACCCUAAUUCAUAAAUCACUCCAUUUUAUUGCUUGGAGAGCUUCCUCCGCCGUCUACAUUCAUACCUGAAGAAGAAAUGGCCAAAGAGGAAGUGAAAACCGUGGUUCCUGAAUCUGUUUUGAAGAAGCAGAAAAGGAACGAGGAAUGGGCUUUGGUGAAGAAGCAGGAACAGGAAUCAGCCAAGAAGAAGAGAUCUGAAACCAGGAAACUCAUUUGGAGCAGAGCUAAGCAAUACGCUAAGGAAUACGAUGACCAGCAAAAGGAGUUGAUUAGCUUGAAGCGUGAAGCCAAGCUUAAGGGUGGGUUUUAUGUUGACCCUGAAGCUAAGCUCUUGUUCAUUGUCAGGAUCAGAGGUAUCAAUGCCAUGGACCCAAAAUCAAGGAAGAUUUUACAGCUUUUGCGUUUGAGACAGGUCUUUAAUGGCGUCUUUCUCAAAGUUAACAAAGCCACCGUUAACAUGCUCCACAGGGUAGAGCCUUAUGUUACAUAUGGGUAUCCUAAUCUGAAGAGUGUCAGGGAAUUGAUCUACAAGAGGGGCUAUGGAAAGGUUGACAGGCAGAGAAUUGCUUUGACUGACAACUCUAUCAUCGAACAGGUCCUUGGGAAGCAUGGCAUCAUUUGCAUUGAAGAUCUGAUUCACGAGAUCUUGACUGUUGGACCUCACUUCAGAGAGGCAAACAACUUCCUAUGGCCUUUCAAGCUCAAAGCUCCCUUGGGAGGCAUGAAGAAGAAAAGAAAUCAUUACGUUGAGGGUGGUGAUGCCGGCAACAGGGAAGAGUACAUCAAUGAACUCAUUAGAAGGAUGAAUUAGAUUUUGGCCUGUGGUUCUGCUAAGGCUUAAUUAUCCAGUUAUCCUGCUUAAGACAGACCUUUGUUUUUGUUAAUUCCAGUUUUGCUUUAAAAUAUUUUUGUGGUGUUAUUUUGAAUACUAAGCAUAUUGAGAUAUUUAGUUCA